UGUAAAGCUCUAAAUUAUUAUGCUGAUGGAUAUAGAUCUAACACACUCUACUGAUAACGAAUCGAUCAUACCAAAUCAAGUUAAAUUUGGAAUAUCGAGCUUGCCAGGAAUUAAACCCACAAUUGGAGUUUUUGCAUCAGAUUGGAUUAAAGAAGGAACAGAAAUGGGUCCAUAUCCUGGUUCAAUAAAACCUUUAUCACAGAUGAAAGAAACUAAUGACUUAGCUUGGGAAUUAUUCAUGUCAACCGGCGACGUUCAUCGCGUAAUUGAAGUAAAUGCUCAAAAUCCAUCUUGGAUGAUUCAUGUUCAGUGUGCAAGACACGAGCAAGAACAAAAUUUGGAGACGUUUCAAGUCGGUGAAGCUAUUUAUUACAGAACUACAACGCGAAUUCAUCCUGGACAAGAAUUAUUGGUGUGGUAUGGAAGUGAUAUUAAUCAAUACAUGGGCGUACCUGAGAUGAGUUAUCCAGGAUUCGAUAGGAAAGAAAGACAGCAAAUUGAAGGAACCACCAGACAUUCCAAUAUACCCUCGUCCAACGGAAGAUUGAAGUGCGUCGUCUGUAGUCGUGGUUUCAAUUCUCGCAGUAACUUAAGAUCUCAUAUGAGGAUACAUACAAUGGAAAGGCCUUUUGUAUGUGAAUAUUGCUCAAGAAGUUUCAGCCAAUCUUCAACGCUUAGAAAUCACUUACGAUUGCAUACGGGAGAGAAACCGUAUAAAUGUCACAUGUGCAGAAGUGCAUAUUCGCAAUUAGCGGGUCUAAGGGCGCAUCAAAAAAGUUCUCGUCACAAACCUUCGUCCACUUCUCAAGGAUCAUCGCAUGCUGAAGACUGAGAAUCUCUAUUCAAAUAUUUGUAGAAUAUAAAAUUAUAUUGUCUAAAUUAAA